GGUCCGCGCUUCUGUGAGGCAAUUGAUGGAUGCCUGGAAGUUGAUAUACACAUAUAUUCAGUGAUGUUUUGCCUGAGGCCUCUGACAAGGUUCUCAGUAGAAAGGAUACUUCCGCACUGGUUUCAUUACUCAAGAGCUUUAUCUGGAGCUGAAGCAAUCAAUGCCCUGAGACCUUUCUAUUUUGCAGUCCAUCCAGAUUUCUUUGGAAAACACCCCAGAGAAAGGGAAGUCAAUGAAAAUUCUCUGAAGAGAUUAAGUGUCUACUUAGAAAACCUCCAGAAACCAGGCUUCAAGUCUUUGAAACCAACUCAGCUUACCUUUUAUGUAAGAGAAACAGACCAGAACCCAUCUGAUAGCCCAGAAGCCUUCAGUACUUCCGGGUUUCGAGCCGUCCAGUUUACCUUGCAUACCAGAGAUCUGCUGAGCACCGUAUUAUAUAUUCUCAACUCCUGCAAUUUAUCUGCCAAACAUAUCCAAAGCUCCAACACAAAUGUAUACUCUCAGCCUAUCAGAGAAGGCAAAAGGACUCCCAACAGGCCCAUCAAAUGGGACAAGUCGUAUUACUCCUUCACUGGAUUCAAGGACCCGGAUGAAGACUUCGAUCAAGUCUCCAGAAUGGAAACAACCCUCACAUCCUGGCUAGAUAACAAUGGAAAAAGUGCCAUUAAGAAGCUGAACAAUAGUUUGCCACUCAGGAAAGAACUAGAUCGUUUAAAAGACGAACUCUGUCACUUGUUGGAAUUGUCAGAUAUCAGAUGGCAGAGAGGCUGGGGAAUCGCCCAUCGCUGUAGCCAGCUGCAUAGCCUAGGCCGCCUGGCCCAGCAGAACUUGGAAACCCUGCAGAAAGCAAAAGGCUGCACCCUGGUAUUUACAGACCGCUCAGGCAUGAGCGCAGUGGGUCACGUGAUGCUAGGAACCAUGGACGUCCAUCAUCAUUGGACCAAACUCUUUGAAAGAUUACCAAGUUACUUUGACCUUCAAAGAAAGCUAAUGAUUUUAGAAGACCAAAUAAGCUCUCUUCUAGGCGGUAUUCAAGUCAUUUAUAUUGAAGAAUUCCAGCCAGUAUUAACCCUGGAAGAAUAUUAUUCUCUCCUUGAUGUGUUUUACAAUAGACUGUUGAAAACUAGAAUCUCUUUCCAUCCGCAAAGUCUCCGUGGCUUAGAAAUGAUUCUUAACAGUGACAGAUACGCUCCAAGCUUGCACAAACUCGGGCAUUUUAAUAUCCCAGUAUUCUGCGAUCUAGUGAGUCUGCAGUGGUUUAUUUGCACCAGGGCCCACCAGGCGAGAGAGAACAUGAAGAAAAAGGAAGAGUUAAAAGUCCUUGAACACGAAUUGAUUCAGGCCUCCACCAAGAAAUUUUCCCUGGAGAAGUUAUACAAGGAACCCAGCAUUUCUAGUAUACAAAUGGUGGAGUGUUGUAAGAGACUACUAGAACAAUCUCUGCCGUAUCUGCAGGGAAUGCAUCUUUGCAUCUCACACUUCUAUUCUGUCAUGCAGGAUGGAGACCUGUGUAUUCCUUGGAACUGGAAAAAUGGAGAACCUACCAAGUAACAGAGCCAUUACUUUAUUUCUUUUUAAGGGAUAGGAAAAAAAAACUCAUCAGCUUAU